CAUGGAUGAAAGCCAAGGAAAUAAUGGACUUAAAUCAUCUCCUCAACUUCUAAACUUAAUCCCAAAUGGUCAUCACUGGAUGGUUAGAGACACAAGAGAAGAAGGUGGUACUAAGUUUGGAGCGCCAGAAGAGAAGAAACUAGAGCUUAGUCUUUGUCCUCCUGGUACUCAACAAGAACACCGGUUGCAAAUCAAAGACAACAACACUGAGAGAACUUUAACUUUUCUUCAGCAAAAACAAAAGGGGGCCAUUGAGGGAAAGGCUGAGUGUCCUUUAACAUCAAAUGCAGCUGGAACAAACAAUGGUUCUCAGACAAGGACUAGUUCUGUUCCUGUCGUCGGAUGGCCGCCAAUUCGCACUUUCCGAAAGAACAUUGCAAGUAGUUCUUCAAAACCUUCACUAGCAUCUCCAAAUGUGCCGUCAAAGACCGAAGAAACGCUUGAGAACUGCAAGAAAGGAUUGUUUCUGAAAAUUAACAUGGAUGGUAUUCCCAUUGGCCGAAAAAUCGAUCUCAAGGCUUACAACAGUUAUGAGAAACUUUCUCUUGCCGUCGAAGAACUCUUCCUCGGCCUACUUGCAGCUCAAAGGGAUCACCAAACCAUUGGAAUUCAAGAUGGUUCUCAGGAAAAACAGGCAUUCAAAGGUUUGCUUGAUGGCACUGGAGAGUAUACCUUAGUUUAUGAAGACAAUGAAGGAGAUCGAAUGCUUGCCGGAGAUAUUCCUUGGGACAUGUUUGUUUCAACAGCAAAAAGACUCCGAGUGCUGAAGACGGCCGACAUUUCUGCACUCGCUUCAAAAUCAAAAGGCAAGAAGAGAACAUCAGAACGUUGAAAUCAGUGAAAAAGAAACCUUGUGCAUUUGUAAUUUGCCUGCUAAUCUUAAAAGUAAUGUAGGUGAGUAAUGAGUAUUUGGAUUGUUCUCUGUUUGUUCUUCAUGUCUUGUAGAGAGUGAUGACUGUCCUCUUGUUUCUCCCUGUUGUGGCCGGCUCUGUUGUAUUCUCUGGGAAACAAAGUGCUGUCUAACAAAAAUAGAAUCACCACUACUAGAUAUGUAAAUUUAA